AUGAGCGAGGAAACAGCCCCAGAAGAAAAACUUAGCGAGGUAAAGUUUGUGAAUGGAACUUCCUUAUGUAGAUUUUGAGCUAACCGUUUCGUUUUUCCAUAUUCUCUGUUUUUGUAGCUCACCGAAGAGCAGAAGUUGGAACUGAAAUUUCCAGGGAAGAAACCAGUUGCCACUGAUAUUCUGAAAAAGAGAAUGCAGAGAGGGGUAUUAGCCUUAAAUAUAAUAUUUACCUAUAUGUAAGGUGGAUGUUAAGAUUUUUAGAGCGUGUAAUAAUUUUUGACGCUCAAAUCAUAUUAAACGGACAAAAUCGACUUGUUUAUUCCUCAUAUUGUGCUUAUCCUCUACUAGGUCAAAUAUUUCGAUUCUGGUGAUUAUGCGAUGGCAAAAAGCGAGAAAAAAGGAGGCCCUGCAGCCGCCAUUAAUAGAGGAAAUUCAGGAAAACCCCUUCCGUUGCCCCUUGGAGUGGGUAAAGCUAUUCCAACACCAGAGAACAUUCCACAUCCACACAGGAAAACUUCAGUGCCGAGUAAGUUACUGGAAACUCACGAUCAACCGCAGGUCGGGGUAACGCAGUAG